AUGGCUUUCGUAGAACAGAGAGAUUCUAGGGCACCACGCCUUGGGGCGAACACGCAGUCUAACGGGCAGAGUUUGACAUUGCAAUUUGUUAACGUAGCUUUGACCUCAUCACCUGCGCUUACCGCUACUCGUACUCCGGAAGAGGGAAGGAGGAUCAGAGCUCAUGUAAUGAAAGACUACCUCCAACAAAGAGCCAAGUCCUCAAACACUCGCAAAUCUCCACCAGCCUCAUCGAGCCUCUCUGACCAUCUAGGCCGGUUCCGGCUGCCUUCACUGCAUGUUCCAAAGCAGUCACGCCAUAGGAAGACGGUACAUAGCUCAAGGGGGCAUGUUAUAGCGCCGGCACCUGCAAAGGCGGAGAGGCAGCCAACCAAUUCAAAUAAGGACGAGGUUUCAUGCAAAGCUGGCUUGGCUACUCCUCUAGGGAACAAUGCAAUACUUGGCAUGUCGACCCCUAUUGACGUAUCGAGGGCCGGGACGUCCACUUUACUAGAAUAUUACCACACCUCUUAUUGGGACAAUUCGUUGGCUGUCAAUCCCGAAGGCCAAUUCAUGUCGAUUGCUAUUACGGAUCCGGCGUUGCUCCAUGCAACACUUUACCUCGUUGCCCUGCAUAAGCUUCAGACGCGCAGGGAGACACAAGCCAGUCCUUACCUCUGGCACCGAGGCGAAGCGAUGCGUUUGGUUUCAAAUAAACUUUGUGAUCCUGAGACUGCCAUUUCCGAUGCAACUCUAGGGGCUGUGGCGCUUUUGUCAGCCGUUGAUAACAGCAUGACUUGGCCUGGCGCUACUCAGACAUCCCACCUAGAGGGUAUGAUCACGCUCGUCAGACUUCGAGGCGGCAUCGACUGCAUAAACGCAGGCCGACAGAUCAAACGCGUUGUCGCCUGGGCUGACACACUCCACGCCACUGCACACAACUCACUCCCACAAUUGAACCUUCCUCUAUGUACUGCACACGAUCAAAGAAAGCGCUUCAUGGACUUUGUAGAUCAACACAGGCGCCCAACAAGAGUCACAAAUAACGCCCUACCUACUCCAUACAGAAACAUCUUGGACGACUUGCGAGCUCUGGCAAUAGCAAAAUCUCUUCUCAGGAAGCAGCCACCAGGCUCAAAGACUCAAGAAUUGCGGCUGAUUUUCAGCGACCUCGUUUUCGCAACCGAGCACAAGAUCCUACAAUUAGGACACCCGUCAUCUCCCCCCAAGCCACACACCCUGACGGAAGACGAUAGAAAUCUCGAGGCAUUCAAAGCCGCAACACUCCUUUUCACCUUCUCUCAUCUUCGAGACAUAGCAGUCACUGCAACAUUCUUCGCCACACUCGCCCGUCGCCUGCGUAAUGCACUCGCCGACGCCUUCUCAUACCUUCCCACAUCAGAUUUAGGAAAUCCAGCCUCUCCAUUAGCUUCCUUCCUUCUCUGGCUCUGUAUGAACGGAUGGAGAGCCAGUACUGUGGAAGGCCGGGAGAGCGACCGAGAAGUCUUCGUGGAGAAAGCUGCCAUUGUCUGCGAAAGAGCUGGUAUUUACACCGAAGAGAAUCUGAACAAGGGAGUGGAUGAGGUGGAGUUCCUACCUGAGGUUGAUAGGCAGGAUUGGAGCGGGCUCUGGGCGGAUAUUGAGAGUUGA